AUGUAUUUUGAACUAAGUGAACCACCCAGAUCUCCCAGUAUAUCGCCUAUCGAGCAAGUUUGGGACAUUAUCAAGAGAAGACUGAUGAACUUACCGCAUCCUCCGCAGACGCUGCAAGCUCUACACAAUGAAUUAGAGGUUACUCACAGUUGCUUGGGACACAAUACCUCAAAAGGAAAUCGGCCGUCUGCUAAAAUGCGAUGCUACGAAGCGCCUAGUAGUAGUUCUUCCGAAUCUAAAAACAUCCCAGUGAAGUUACCAACGAUAAAACUUCCGACAUUUAGUGGUAAUUACGCUGACUGGAUUUGUUAUUACGACACGUUUAAUUCAUUAAUUAAUGUGGAUGAUAAUUUAACCAAUAUACAAAAAUUCCACUAUCUUAAAUCAAGCUUAACAGGUAGUGCGGCUGAGGUGAUUGCUUCGUUAGGUGUUUCAAAUGAUAAUUACGCUAUAGCAUGGAACCUCUUAAGGGAUCGCUUUGAAAACAAAAGAUUAAUAAUCAAAAACCAUAUAGGGGCAUUAAUUAACUUACCUAAUGUUACAAAGGAUUCGGCACAAUCACUUAGACAAUUAUUAGAUACGAUAAAUAGUCAAUUAAGAGCGCUUAAGGUACUAAAUUUACCAAUUGAACAUUGGGACGCAAUCAUUAUAGAGUUAAUUACUAUAAAAUUUGAUUUUGCAACAAAUAAGGAAUGGGAAUCCUUAAAAUUUAAUAAUGACCUUCCUACCUUAAAGGAAAUGAUCGAAUUCAUAACGCAUAGAUGUAAAAUGCUAGAGUCUAUUGGCAAGCAAACUGAUUCUCGUAAAAAUCAUGAUAAUCCUAACGUCAAAUCCUUUCAAACAAAUCAAUCACUUCGAUCAGGUGUUAGAACGGUAACCUCGCAUGCCACUUUUUCGGGUACAAUUACUUGUGUUAUUUGCAAGCAAGCUCAUUUUAUACAACAGUGCCCACAAUUUCUUAAGUUAACACCCGAUAAUCGUAUACAAGAAAUCAAAAAAUUGCGUCUAUGUUUAAAUUGCCUAAGAGAAAACCAUCUAAUCGCUAAUUGCAAAUCAAUUCAUAAUUGUAAGGUCUGCCGUAAACGACACAACUCUUUACUUCAUCGCGAACGUAAUCAUGAUUAUAAUACUACAUCAAACGAAUCUGCUACAAUUACUAGUCCAACUGAGGGAGCAAAUGAAACUAUAUCAAAUACUUACGUGAAUCAUUGUAGGGAAAUUACCAUCAAUAAAUCAAUCAUUUUAUUAUCCACGGCACUAGUUGAUAUUUACGAUAUUUACGGUAAUGUUCAUUCCUGUAGGGCAUUGCUUGAUGUCGGUUCGCAAUCAAAUUUCAUCUCUCAACCUAUGUUAGAACGUCUCAAGUUAAAAACCAUACCAGUUAACAUUCCCGUUACCGGCAUAGCGCAAACGAGCACUUCAAUUUCUAAACUUACUAAGAUUACGCUAAAAUCUAGGUUUAACACUUAUAGCGCAAAUAUUGAUUGCUUAGUAAUUCCAAAAAUCGGAGGUAAGGUGCCCACGCACUCGUUCCCAAUUAAUACCCUAUUGAUACCAGAAACAAUUAAAUUAGCGGACCCAGAGUUCCACAUACCUAAGGAUAUUGACUUGUUGCUGGGCGCGGAACUAUUCUGGAACUUAUUAUGCAUCGGACAAAUAAAAUUACCCAACAACCAGCCAUAUUUACAAAAAACAAAAUUAGGAUGGGUUAUCGGUGGCGAGUUAGGUAUACCUUCACAAAACAUACGUUCUUCUUGUAACUUUUCAACAACACAACUUGAAAAUCAAUUAGCAAAAUUUUGGGAAAUAGAAGCUGUAGAAUCUAUUGCAGGUUUGACGAAGCAGGAAAUACAAUGUGAGGAACAUUUUAAACGUUCAUAUUCUCGUAAUAGUGAAGGGCGCUUUAUAGUUAGGUUACCAUUUAAGACAAAUCAGUUUCAAUUAGGUUUAUCUAAAGAACAAGCGGAAAGUAGAUUUCUGGCAUUAGAAUCCAAACUGCAUCGAAAUCCUAAAUUAUUAAACGAUUAUGCAGAUUUUAUUUACGAAUAUCAAAAAUUAGGUCAUAUGGAGGUAGUUCAGGAAUCACAAGAGCUUAGCCAAACUCAGUCGACAUUUUACUUGCCCCAUCACGCGGUCUUGAAAUCAUCCAGCCUAACUACCAAGCUUCGAGUAGUAUUUGAUGGCUCGGCAAAAUCCACAACUGGAUUGUCGUUAAAUGAUACACUAAUGGUUGGCCCUACUAUACAAGAGGACUUAGUUUCAAUUUUAAUUAGAUUUAGGAAACAUCAAGUGGCUUUUGUCGCCGACAUUGUAAAAAUGUAUAGACAAAUAUUAAUACACCCUAACGAUAGAGAUUACCUUAGAAUUUUAUGGCGAAAUCACCCUAGUGAAUCGCUGAAAACCUAUAGAUUAUGUACAGUUACUUAUGGAACAGCCCCUGCGACAUUUUUAGCGGUAAGAUGUCUGAGUGAGAUAGCUGAGUUAGAACGGGCUAAUUUCCCUUUAGCUCAUGAGAUUAUAGCAAGUGAUUUUUAUGUUGACGAUCUGAUAACGGGAGCAGAUACGUUGGAGCAAGCAAUAGCCAUACGCGAUCAAGUAGUCACGGCAUUAUCAAGGGGUGGGUUUCAGCUAGCAAAAUUUAGUUCGAAUAAUCAUAAAUUGAUGUCUGACCAAUUAACUAGACACUUAAAUGCGAAUAUUAAUCUAAGCCCGGAUGGGGACAUUAAAACAUUAGGUUUAGUUUGGAACUCUAACCACGAUAGCUUAAGGUAUUCAUUUGAUGUAAGCAAUACGGCGUCAAAGGUAACAAAACGGACCAUCUUGUCCAAAAUUGCUCAAAUUUAUGACCCCUUAGGAUUAAUAGGCCCUAUUUUAACAAAUGCAAAGCUCAUUCUACAACAACUUUGGGCAGCUAAGAUCAACUGGGACGAAUCUAUUUCCAUGGAAUUGCAUUCCCGAUGGACUCAAUUUCUCCAAGGCUUAAAUGAUGUGCACACUCUUAGUAUCCCUAGAAAUGUAGUUCCGGUUAGCAAUCCAAUCACUACACAAAUUCAUGGUUUUUGUGAUGCAUCACAAUUGGCUUAUGGUGCAUGCGUUUAUGUUCGAUCGACAGAUGCACACGGCAAUUAUUAUUGUCACUUACUUUGUGGAAAAUCGCGCGUAGCUCCAUUAAAACUUAUAACGAUUCCGAAACUUGAGCUGUGUGGAGCGGUAUUAUUAGCAGAACUAGUUAAGAAAGUAGUAACAGCAAUCAAAUUACCUAUUAGUCAAAAUCAAAUAUUUUACUGGACCGAUUCUAAAAUAGUCUUAGCGUGGUUGGCAUCACCCGUGCAGAAAUGGAAAAUUUUCGUAGCUAAUAGGAUAUCUAAAAUACUUGCGUCUUGCGAGACCAAGCAAUGGCGUCACGUUCGGACACACGAUAAUCCAGCAGACCUUAUUUCCCGGGGAUGCUCGGCAAUGUAUCUAAAAAAUUCGAAAUUGUGGUUUACAGGGCCCUAUUGGCUUUUACGAAAUGAUAAUCAAUGGCCUGCAGAAAACAUAUUGGGAGAGGAACUUGAACUCCCAGAGGUACGCAAGGCUCAAACUCAUGUUAAUUUCAUAACACAAGGAGACAUUCCUGAAAUACUUGUGAAAUAUUCCUCAUUCUCAAAAUUACAAAGGGUCAUGGCUUACUGUAUAAGAUUUAUACACAACACACGAAAAUAUCCGAAGUUAGGCGGGCAUUUAAGUUCACACGAAUUACACAAUGCUAAAAUUCAGAUUAUCAAAAUGACGCAAGCUAGCACCUUUCAAAAUGAACUUAAUUCACUACACGCAAAAAAAUCUCCGGAUUACAAGGGACAACUUAAAACGUUAAACCCCAUUCUAGACAGUGACCACGUAUUACGAGUAGGCGGUAGGUUGACCCACGCAAACAUAUCAUAUUCCCAAAAGCAUCCAAUUAUUCUGCCUCAUGAUCAUCAUAUUACAAGGCUCAUCAUUUUAUAUGAGCAUAUAAAACACAUGCACGCGGGACCUCAAGCCACACUAGCUGCCGUGCGUCAAUGUUAUUGGCCCAUUAAUGGUCGAAAUCUAGUUAGAAUAAUUAUCCAUAAAUGUGUUAUAUGUUCAAAAUGUAGACCAGUUAUUAGGGAUCAGUUUAUGGGAAAUUUACCAAAGCACAGAAUAGAAUCAGCUAGACCAUUUGUGAAUUGUGGUAUAGAUUAUGCUGGCCCAAUCCAAAUUAAAAACUGUUUUGGGCGCAGCAAAGCGGUAACGAAAACUUACAUAGCACUAUUCAUCUGCCUUUCGACAAAGGCUAUUCAUGUUGAGCUCGUAUCCGAUUUAACAUCUAAGGCAUUCUUAAACGCCCUCAAAAGGCUCAUGGCUCGCAGAGGCAAAAUUUCUAAUAUAUAUUCAGAUAAUGCAAAAACAUUUGUUGGCGCUAAUCACGAACUUGUCAAAAUAGUCAAACUUGUUCAGUCUAAGGAUUUUCUGGACAAUAUUAAGGAUAACUUGAGUAAGGAUAAUAUCACUUGGCAUUUCAUUCCUCCUAGAGCUCCUCACUUUGGAGGACUUUGGGAGGCUGGGAUCAAAUCAUUAAAGUUUCAUUUGAAAAGAGUCGUUGGUAACUCUAUACUAACCUUUGAAGAAAUGUACACUGUCUUAACCCAAAUCGAGGCAUGCCUCAAUUCGAGACCCCUUACUCCUCUAUCAUCCAACCCUGAUGACCUUUUACCCUUAACCCCAGCUCACUUCAUUAUUGGAGAAUCUUUGGUAACACCAGUAGAACCUGACAUGGAAGAAAUGAAGAUGAACCGGUUAUCCAGAUAUGAAUUAAUUCAAAAACUCAGGCGUGAUUUUUGGAAAAGAUGGUCGCGAGAAUACCUUUCGACGCUUCAAAAUCGUACCAAAUGGAACAUCAAACGCAGUAACAUUCAGACCAACCAAUUGGUGAUCUUGAAAGAAGAUAACUUACCUCCACUUCAAUGGCGUAUGGGGAGAAUUAUAGAAACUCAUCCAGGCGGUGACGGUGUUGUGAGAGUGGUUACUAUAAAAACACAAAACGGCGUUGUUAAAAGAUCAGUGUCCAAAGUGUGCGUAUUACCAAUAGAGUAG